AUGGCAUUAGCUAUUUACGGUUUGAUCAUUUUUCCAAAAGAACUAAACAUGAUCGAUCAAGCUACUGUUUCGUUUGUAGCACAAGUACGAAACGGGAUUAACCCCAUUCAAGGCAUCCUGGCAGAAACCUUCAGAUCACUCAACAACUGCAGAAUCAGGAGGCAAGAACGUUUAAAAUGUUGUGUGCAACUGUUAUAUGUCUGGACGGUAGGUCACUUAUCAUCCAACAAAGGGGGCUUCCGUAGUAUUUUCUCAGUGAUCCGAAUCCCUUUGGCUAAAUUUGAGGAUACCCAAUUUAAGGAGCAGUUAGAUAAAUCUAAAUGGAACAAAAAAAUGCGUGGUUUGAUCGACUCAGGGGUAACUUGGCUGGCGCCAUGGAUGGUCCGCUCUAACAUGAUAUAUCGGUGUGGAAAUCCUCCAUGGGUCCCAUUACUAGGCCCAUGGGGAGGGAUAGCAUAUGCCCCUUUGAUGGUCAGAAGGCAAUUGGGGGCAUCUCAGUUUGUGCCUAUGACUCACGGAUUGGCUGACUCAGAUUUCGCAUAUGAAACAGGAGACACUCAAAACCAGAUUAGAAAAUUCAGGGUGGCGUGGAAACAUGUGAACCUAAUAGACCCGAGUGAUGGAAUUGCCACAGUCCAAGGAAGUUAUGAAGCAUGGCGAGAAAAUCGGGUAAACCCCCAACUCAAAAGAAUCCCAGAAAUCAUUAUUGAGCAUAUUAAAUCACCAAGCGCAUGCAUGCAAUUGAAGCCACAAAGGGAUCCAUGCCCAGUAGAAAAGGGAGAUGCAAGAGCAGAAAUAAAGAAUCAGCAAAAGGAGGCACUAACCUCUGUCUAUCGCAAGGAAAUCAAGCGACAGAGGAUCCGGUAUAUACAAUCAGAAGAAGAGGUCGUGGCUCUAAGAAAGGAAAGACGAAGGCUUCAAGCGGCACUUGAACGGAAAUCUCAAAUGUUAGAAGAUGCCUAUACCAAAAGUAAAAAGAAAUCACUCUACAUUCAAGAGUUGGAGAGGCAAGGGGAUGAGCAGAGAAGCAACUAUAAUCAAGUACUGGAAAAGAUGGAGCCGUGCAUAAUGAAAGCGGGCUACUGGGAGGCCAAGUUUCGGGCUUUGCAUAAAAAGAUGACACAGCAAAAUGCAGAGAUUGUGCAAUCAUGA